AUGACAGCAGACAAGAUAGACGUCUGGAACGACCCGCGGAUCCAAAAAUGUUCCACUUUUGUCAACGGCACUAGAUACGGCUAUCUUCUCGGGGUCCCUCCAAACGGAGACUACCGAGCAACUGUUUUUCUGAUCCAUGGCUUUCCUGAUCUUUCAAUGGGAUGGAGAUACCAGAUCCCAGCUCUGUUAAAUAUGGGCCUUCGCGUUGUUGCCCCUGAUUGUCUUGGGUAUGGGAGAACAGAAGCUCCUGAUUUCACAUCGGAAUCCGCCCCUCGGUACGCAUUCAAGCAAUGUGCAGCUGAUAUGAAAGAGCUCGCACGGCAGCUGGGCACUUCCAAGAUCAUCCUUGGUGGCCAUGAUUGGGGUGGGUUUGUCGUUUAUCGUAUUGCGCUCCAUUGCCCGGGUUUCGUCACACACAUCUUUUCCGUAUGUACCCCGUACGGCCCUCCUCACCGGGAGUUUGUUCCCCUGGACAAGCUAGUAGCAACUCGCAUUCCGUUUUUCGGUUAUCAACUCCAGUUUGUGAGUGGAGAACUCGAGAAAGUUAUCAAAGACAAGAGGGACAUCCGUCAAUUCCUGAUCGCAUUAUUCGGAGGGAGGACUCCAAAGGGAGAAUUCGGGUUUGACGUCACAAAAGGGGCACUGUUGGACAAGUUGCAUGAGCUACAACCCUCGCGAGUUAUGAGCGAAGAGGAGCUAAAUUACUACGUCGAUGAAUACUCUCGGAGUGGAAUGCACGGCCCACUGAACUGGUAUCGCACCCGCGAACAGAAUUAUAAAGAGGACCUUGAGCUCAUCGGGCGCAAACUCGACAUUCCGGUCCUUUUCAUCAGAGCCACAAACGACGCGGCCCUCCGCCCGGAACUAUCACAGAAUAUGUCAAAGUAUAUCCGGGAUCUAACACAGGCCGAGGUUGACGGUACGCAUUGGGUUCUGUGGCAAAAGCCUGAGGAGUGCAAUGCCAUUAUCGCAAAGUGGAUGGAGGGUGUUGUCUUUGGGGCACAGAGUAAGAUAUAA